UUUUAUGAUUAAGAAAUGUCAUACCAUAUCAAUAUUACUUACAAAUGCUACCUGCACACCAUUUUAAAAGGAAGACAAUAUUAAUAUACUAUAAAAAAAUUUACAGAGGCCUUAAAAAAUCAAAAUGCCAAGGGUUCCACUUGUGCAGCACAAAACCUACACAACACCAAGGCGUCCCUUCGAGAAGGAACGUCUUGACCAGGAGUUGAAACUCAUUGGUGAAUAUGGUCUGAGAAACAAACGCGAGGUCUGGAGGGUAAAGUACGCUCUGGCCAAGAUCCGUAAAUCUGCCAGAGAACUGCUGACACUGGAAGAAAAAGAUCCCAAAAGGCUGUUUGAGGGAAAUGCCCUUCUGCGUCGUCUGGUGAGAAUCGGUGUGCUUGAUGAAUCAAAGAUGAAGCUCGAUUUCGUGCUAGGUCUGAGAGUAGAAGACUUCUUGGAACGUCGUCUGCAGACCCAGGUGUUCAAGAUUGGGCUUGCAAAGAGUAUCCAUCACGCUCGUGUGCUCAUUCGGCAGAGACACAUCAGAGUGCGCAAACAGGUGGUGAACAUUCCCUCAUUUGUAGUCCGUCUGGACUCCCAGAAACACAUCGACUUUGCCCUCCAGUCUCCAUACAGCGGUGGCAAGCCAGGUCGUGUCAAGAGGAAGAAUGCCAAGAAGGGAUCUGGUGGUGGUGAUGAAGAGGAGGAUGAGGAUUAACUUACGGGCCCUUGACCUGCUGUUCUAUUGUCACAUGAAACAAAUAAAGUAGAAAAAAUAUUA